ACGGGGCGGGGCCACGGGGCGGGGCCACGGCUGACCGGUAACUAAAGGCCCCGCUUACCUCCCAGGCUGAGGGACCUUAGUGCUCCUGGGACUCGGACGUGCCGUGGAGAUGGGCCUUUACGGAAGGGGCAAGAGCUGCUUGGCGGCCGGCUUGCUGAAGGACCGAUUGGCAAUCGUCACCGGCGGGGCCACGGGUAUCGGAAAGGCCAUCGCCACCGAGCUCCUGAACCUGGAGUGUAAUGUGGUCAUUGCAUCUCGUAACUUUGAUAGAUUAAAAUCGACUGCAAAAGAACUGAAAGCCAGCCUGCCCCACACCAACCAGGCUCAGGUCACUCCCAUAAAAUGCAACAUUCGCAAAGAAGAGGAGGUGAACAGUUUGAUCAAAUCCACCUUAGAUAUUUAUGGUAAGAUCAAUUUUUUGGUCAACAAUGGAGGAGGCCAGUUCAUGUCUUCUGCAGAACACAUCAGUGCAAAGGGAUGGCAUGCUGUGAUCGAAACCAACUUGACGGGCACUUUCUACAUGUGCAAAGCAGUUUACAGCUCGUGGAUGAAAGAACAUGGAGGGUCUAUUGUCAAUAUCACUAUCCUUACUAAGAAUGGAUUCCCAGGAUUUGCGCACAGUGGAGCUGCCAGAGAAGGUGUUUAUAACCUCACCAAAACCUUAGCUGUGGAAUGGGCCAGCAGUGGAAUAAGGAUCAACUGUGUUGCCCCUGGCAUCAUUUAUUCCCCGACUGCUGUUGACAACUAUGGUCCUUUAGCAGAAGACCUUUUUACUGCGUACUUUAAGAGAAUCCCAGCUAAGCGAAUUGGAAUUCCUGAGGAGAUCUCCCCGAUAGUCUGCUUCCUGCUGUCUCCAGCAGCUUCCUUUAUCACUGGACAGUUGGUGGAGGUGGACGGGGGCCAGUCUCUAUAUACGCAAGUAUUUGAUGUACCAGAUCAUGACAACUGGCCUGAGGGAGCAGGGGACAUUUCUGUUGUCAAAAGGAUGAAGGAAUCUUUCAAGAAUAAAUCCAAGCUCUAAGCCAAGGAAACUAGAGGUGUCUUUUGUCCCCAGAUGCCUUAACAUCUCAAGAAUACACUUUGGUACUUUAUAAGAGCUAAUAAUUUGCAUGGAACAAUUGCUUUCUGCCUUUUUAAUGUUAUCAAUCAUGCCUGUGCAAAAACUAUUUCUGAAAUUAAAGCAUUUUUAAGUCCCAACCAAUACGGUUGAGCCUGUGAUAAAAGAUUUUUUGAGGAAUGGACUUAACACACUUUAUGAUUUACUUUUUAUUUCUAAGAAAAAACAUUUGAAAAAUGCAAUAAUUUCGAAUUAAAAAUGGAGGUAUCAUCAUCUCCCAAAAGAUUUUGCUAUUUAAUUGGAAAGGUGGGCAAUAAAUUUAAAUUGUGACAGUGUUGUGAUUCUUAAAACGAGAGAUACACAGUGACUCAUUUCUUAUGGCAAAUAUUUUUGGAUCAGUAAAGCCUUAUUGGUGAUUAUCAACAUGUGAUUUGUUUUGUUCAUGAAGUCAAAUUUGUAUAAGCCUUCUUAAUUCAAAAGAAAAAUAAAGUUAUCUGUAGUAUUUCUUUGCAGUA